UAUAAACCUUAGUUAGCUAGCCUAGCUACUUCACUUCAAUACGAGCACCAUCUAAUACCCAAAUAAUGGCUUCCAACACUAGUGUUGCAAGCAUUGCUCUUCUUCUCUCCCUUAACUUUCUCUUCUUCACUUUGGUUAGCUCAACUCAUCCUAAUAAGGUCCCUUGUCCACCACCACCAGCAACACCUAAAGCCACUUGCCCAAAAGACACUCUAAAGCUAGGAGUAUGCGCUAACUUAUUAAACGAUUUGCUGCAUCUGGUAGUGGGAACCCCGCCAAAGAAACCAUGUUGCCCUCUCAUUCAAGGUCUUGCUGACCUUGAAGCCGCCGUUUGCCUUUGCACUGCCCUUAAGGCCAAUGUUUUGGGCAUCCAUCUUAAUGUGCCUAUCUCCUUAAGCUUGCUCUUGAAUUACUGUGGAAAGGGUGUUCCUGCAGGAUUCCAGUGCGCCUAAGCGUUUCUUGGUUUUCUUAAUUUAUUCCUUGUUGAUUUAAUUUGUUUUCAUGGCUUGUUUUGGAGUUUGAAUGCUUAUUUAUAUAUUUGGGUUUGAGGUGACAUCUCUGUCACCAUAUUUAAUUCUUCAGUCUUUUCGGCUAUGAACAAAACUAAUGUGUACCAUUCGAAAUGCAACAGAAUGUCUGUAUCCAUUUUAUUUAUGCUUUAACGGGGAUGUUUAUUUCUAGUA